GUGGGGGAGGAGCGAAAACACAGAGGCCCGGAAGUACAGCCUGAAAAUGGGCAAAGAUGCCCCCAUUGUUGUUACCUUCUUCUCUCGCUUUCUUUCUCUUCUUUCCAUCUUGAUGUCUAUUUCUUCUUUUCCUUUCCCCAAAUUACACUUUUCUCUGACGCGCACUCUCCAUUUCCUUGUAAAAAUGCCAUAGACCGCAGAAGUCAGAACUCUCUCUUUCUCCCUCUCUCCUUUACAGUAUGCUAGUUGAUUAGUCUCACUCACAUCACCGUUCUCAAAAAUCCUCAUUUACAUCGCCAUUUCUUUACUCCACCACAUUCCCUCCCUUCCACGACUCCUUUCCACACUGUCUUCUUCAUAUCAAUUUGGUGGUUUGCAGAUCUGGGUAUCUAAAUACUACCCAUUUGACCCAAUGCCCCCGGUUUCCGUUACCCUUCUCUGCGCUUCUUUCAUUCUUUCCUCUGGUUGCGACAGAGUCUUGGAUCUCGAUGUCCAGAUUCAGAGCCCUCUUUCGUCUGUAAAUAUGGUGUAAAUUUUUUCACACUUUCCCUGUUUGGGUUGGGUCUGUGUAUGUUGUGUUGGGAAAUGGGAUCGAGCGGAAGCAAACCCUCCUCCGGUGGCGCAUCUUCUUCUAGCGGCGGCGGUGGUUCCGCCGCCGCCGGUACUAGGCGGAAGUGUAGAAGUAAAGGGAGUAGGGGUUUCCAGUCCUAUUGUCUUGGCCGGGGGUCUGGCUCUCGGAACAGUAAUGGCAGCGUCGAUGAUCAUGUCUUUGAGCAAGGGAGUAAAGACGAUGAGAUUGAGGACUCAUCCGAUAAUCAAACAGAGGGGGAUCAAGUGAAGGUUGAAUGCUGUAGAAAGGUUAAGGUUCAAGACUCUGAUGAUGUACCUUGUCUAACUUCUAAUACUGAUAAUGAUGAAUGGAGUCAAGCCAGUAUCUCCAAUACUGCUUCGAGAACUGCUAGCAGUUCUGCCCGUGCUGUUUCUCCAAGUCGCUUCCUUUCUCGAUUUAGCUUUAUUCCUGGCAAUGUGAGCUUCAGACUCGGCAGAGCAACAAGUUUAGGUUCUUCAAGGGAAUAUCCUCUUCCUUCAUCAACUCUCAGAAUGUCGAAUGAUGACGAGGAGAUUUGUGCUCAUCCAGCAUCUGCUGAUGGGAGAAAUGAUGUAGAUGAAUCUCGGCAAGAUCCUAAUGUUCUGCCUGCUUCAUCAGUCUCGAGAACUUCAGCUAGAUUUAGGAUUAAUAAUCAACUGUCUGAUUCUUUGGACAGGAUGCAACCCGAUCAGGGGAUUUCUUCUGAUCAAUACAGUAUAGGAAAUGAAAGAAGCACCCACGUCUGGGUUGAUAGAGAUCUGGAUUCCCCAGGAGCUUUGAAUGAUUUGGAUGGUAUUGAGACCCGACUUGCUGAUAGGCGGACAGCAGCUAGAGAACCUGUUGAACGGAAUGUUCGAUUUAGCAGGACUUUAAGUGUUGGGAGACUUCGUGAUAGAGUUCUCAGACGAUCUGCUCUAUCUGAUAUGUCUUUUUGUCCUUUGCCACAUGAAAGAGAAGAGAGAGAUGGUAAUCGGGGUAAUAGGGCACAGCAUUUGGGUGGUGGGGCAAGAGCAGUGGGAUCUGAACUCGAUUUACCGGUUUAUCCAAAUGGUUCUGAUCAUCCUUCAUCUGGCAUGCCAAACUCCUUGUUUGGCAUUCAGGAUCUUGAAGUGCAAACUUCUCGAUCAAGGGAAGAUAGGUAUCAUGACUUACUUGAACAUAGGUCAAAUUUCCUCGAGCGAAGGAGACGAAUACGGUCUCAGGUCCGUGCUCUUCAGAGGUUAGGAAGUCGCUUUGAGAAUAUGUCUGGACAUGGGAGGUCUUGCAUUUUAUCUGGUCAACAUAGAACUGGUCGUUGUACAUGUCGUCUAAGUAAUCGUGAUGCCAAUUUAAAUGAUGAUACAAGUGCUAGAGCUAGCAUAUCAAGAAUUGUCAUGUUAGCUGAAGCUCUGUUUGAGGUUCUGGAUGAAAUUCACCAGCAAUCUGUGGUAUUAUCUUCUCGGCCUUCUGUAUCUUCCCUUGGAUCUGUCCCUGCCCCGAAUGAAGUUGUGGAAUCUUUACCUGUCAAGUUAUACACCAAAUCACAAAAACAACAGAAUGAUGAGGCAGCACAGUGUUACAUAUGCCUUGUUGAGUACGAUGAAGGAGAGUGCAUGCGGGUACUGCCCUGUCAUCAUGAAUUUCAUAGAGCUUGCAUAGACAAGUGGCUGAAGGAGAUUCAUAGAGUAUGCCCACUUUGUCGUGGAGAUAUAUGCAGGCAGGCGUCCUGAUGCAGUACUGGCAGCCGAUCAUUGAUGCAGCCAGAGGCCACUUCGUGUGUGGAGAGUGAACAUAAUUGCAUUGUAUGAGUUAAGACAAAUUUGACGUUGCAAAAUGCCAAUAGGUUUAUAGCAGAAGAGUUCAGCCCUUUUCUUCCUGUAUCACAGUACAACAACUGUGUCCUUUUGGCGGGAUUGAAUCGAGCAUUGGGCAGAAAUGGACUGAACUACUAACACAUAUUUGGCAACAUGCAAGAGAGUGAAUUCCUUCCAGAUUCCAACAGAACACAUAGAUUCGUGAGUAAGAAGCAUGCUGCUGUAGUUACGUUGCAGCCUUGCAGGUGUACUGGUUGUCACAUUUAUUUGAUUCCAUCUUCAGUUCCAAUCAUGACACGCCAUUGGGAUUUAAAUGGCAAGUUGGGACGAGGCAGAAAAGGAAAUAAGUCGAAACAGGAAAGGGAAGUAACUCCAUUAUAUUAUAACUGGGCAGUAAAAUGGUAGCUGCCUCCAAUGUCAUGUACGUACAAACUAACAAAAGUAUACAGAGUUCAUGCUUAAGAAGAAGAAGUUAAUUAAUGAAUUUGAGC